AUGGCCCUGGACGGCGAGCUGGGGGAGCAAGAGGAGGAGAAGAAAAAGAAGAAGAAAAAGAAGAGGAAGAAGAAGGAGGAGGAGGAGGGGGCCAAGAAGAGCAGCUCACCUUUCGCGGCCGCGAUGGGGGAAGACGACGCCGCGCUUCGGUCUGGCGGCAGGGGGCUCUCGGACCCGUGGGCAGACUCCGUGGGAGUGCGACCCCGCACCACGGAACGCCACAUCGCGGUACACAAGCGGCUUGUACUGGCCUUCGCCGUGUCCCUCGUGGCACUGCUCGCGGUCACCAUGCUCGCCGUGCUGCUCAGCCUGCGCUUCGACGAGUGCGGGGCCAGUGCCACGCCAGGCGCCGACGGUGGCCCCGCGGGCUUUCCGGAGCGUGGCGGCAAUGGGAGCCUCCCCGGAUCGGCCCGGCGCAACCACCACGCAGGCGGGGACUCCUCGCAGCCGGAGGCUGGUGGGGUGGCCAGUCCGGGGACCCCGUCCACCCAGCCGCCGUCGGAGGAGGAGCGGGAGCCCUGGCAGCCGUGGACGCAGCUGCGCCUGUCGGGCCACCUGAAGCCGCUGCACUACAAUCUAAUGCUCACCGCCUUCAUGGAGAACUUCACCUUCUCCGGGGAGGUCAACGUGGAGAUCUCGUGCCGGAACGCCACCCGCUACGUAGUGCUGCACGCUUCCAGAGUGGCGGUGGAGAAGGUGCAGCUGGCCGAGGACCGGGCGUUCGGGGCUGUCCCAGUGGCCGGUUUUUUCCUCUAUCCGCAAACCCAGGUCCUAGUGGUGGUGCUGAAUAGGACGCUGGACGCGCAGAGGAAUUACAAUCUGAAGAUUAUCUACAACGCACUCAUCGAGAAUGAGCUCCUGGGCUUCUUCCGCAGCUCCUAUGUGCUCCACGGGGAGAGAAGAUUCCUUGGUGUUACUCAGUUUUCGCCUACACAUGCCAGAAAGGCAUUUCCUUGUUUUGAUGAGCCAAUCUACAAGGCUACUUUCAAAAUCAGCAUCAAGCAUCAAGCAACCUAUUUAUCUUUAUCUAAUAUGCCAGUGGAAACUUCUGUGUUUGAGGAAGAUGGAUGGGUUACGGAUCACUUUUCACAGACCCCUCUCAUGUCCACAUAUUAUUUAGCCUGGGCAAUUUGCAACUUCACAUACAGAGAAACUACCACCAAGAGUGGGGUUGUAGUACGAUUAUAUGCAAGACCUGAUGCUAUCAGAAGAGGAUCCGGGGACUAUGCUCUUCAUAUAACAAAGAGAUUAAUAGAAUUUUAUGAAGACUACUUUAAAAUACCCUAUUCCUUGCCAAAACUAGAUCUUUUAGCUGUGCCUAAGCAUCCGUAUGCUGCUAUGGAGAACUGGGGACUAAGUAUUUUUGUGGAACAAAGAAUACUGCUGGAUCCCAGUGUUUCAUCUAUUUCUUAUUUGCUGGAUGUCACCAUGGUCAUUGUUCAUGAGAUAUGUCACCAGUGGUUUGGUGACCUCGUGACGCCUGUGUGGUGGGAAGAUGUGUGGCUGAAGGAAGGGUUUGCCCACUACUUUGAAUUUGUUGGUACAGACUACCUCUAUCCUGGCUGGAACAUGGAAAAACAGAGGUUUCUGACUGAUGUUCUGCAUGAAGUGAUGCUGCUAGACGGUUUGGCCAGUUCCCAUCCAGUAUCACAGGAAGUGCUACAGGCAACUGAUAUUGACAGGGUGUUUGACUGGAUCGCAUAUAAAAAGGGUGCUGCUUUAAUAAGAAUGCUGGCUAAUUUUAUGGGCCAUUCAGUUUUCCAGAGGGGUCUGCAAGAUUAUUUAACCAUUCAUAAGUAUGGCAAUGCAGCCAGAAAUGAUCUCUGGAGUACAUUAUCAGAGGCUUUAAAAAGAAAUGGGAAAUAUGUAAAUAUACAAGAAGUAAUGGAUCAGUGGACACUCCAGAAGGGUUAUCCUGUUAUCACCAUCCUGGGAAACACAACAGCGGGAAAUAGAAUAAUAAUUACCCAACAACAUUUUAUCUAUGAUGUCAGUGCUAAAACUAAAGCACUUAAACUUCAAAAUAACAGUUACCUGUGGCAGAUUCCAUUAACUAUUGUGGUAGGAAAUAGAAGCCAUGUGUCUUCAGAAGCAAUUAUUUGGGUGUCUAACAAAUCAGAACAUCACAGAAUAACUUAUUUGGACAAAGGAAGCUGGCUGCUGGGGAACAUCAAUCAAACUGGCUAUUUUAGAGUCAACUAUGACCUAAGGAACUGGAGAUUAUUAAUUGAUCAAUUAAUCAGGAAUCAUGAGGUUCUUUCUGUCAGUAACCGAGCAGGUUUGAUCGACGAUGCCUUCAGCCUAGCCAGGGCUGGGUAUUUGCCUCAAAAUAUUCCUCUGGAGAUUAUCAGAUACCUGUCUGAGGAGAAGGAUUUUCUUCCUUGGCAUGCUGCCAGCCGAGCUCUUUAUCCUCUAGAUAAAUUACUGGACCGCAUGGAAAACUACAAUGUUUUCAAUGAAUAUAUUCUAAAGCAAGUUGCAGCAACGUAUAUCAAGCUUGGGUGGCCGAAAAAUAAUUUUAAUGGAUCUCUUGUUCAAGCAUCCUACCAACAUGAAGAACUACGUAGAGAAGUUAUAAUGCUAGCCUGCAGUUUUGGCAACAAGCACUGUCAUCAACAGGCAUCAACACUUAUUUCAGAUUGGAUUUCCAGCAACAGGAACAGAAUACCACUAAAUGUUAGAGACAUCGUAUACUGUACAGGAGUGUCACUACUGGAUGAGGAUGUCUGGGAAUUCAUAUGGAUGAAAUUCCAUUCUACCACAGCAGUUUCUGAGAAGAAAAUAUUAUUGGAAGCCUUAACUUGCAGUGAUGACAGGAAUUUAUUAAACAGGCUUCUAAAUCUGUCACUAAAUUCUGAGGUGGUGCUGGAUCAAGAUGCAAUUGAUGUCAUAAUCCAUGUAGCUCGAAAUCCACAUGGCCGAGAUCUUGCCUGGAAGUUUUUCAGAGAUAAAUGGAAGAUAUUAAGUACCAGGUAUGGAGAAGCAUUGUUUAUGAAUUCCAAACUUAUCAGUGGAGUCACAGAAUUUCUUAAUACUGAAGGUGAACUCAAAGAGCUCAAGAACUUCAUGAAAAGCUAUGAUGGGGUAGCUGCUGCUUCUUUCUCACGAGCUGUGGAAACUGUUGAAGCCAAUGUGCACUGGAAAACGCUUUACCAAGAUGAGCUUUUCCAAUGGUUAGGAAAAGCUCUAAGACACUAAAUAUGUAUCCUAUAAACAAUUCAACUCAGACUUUUAUGAGAAAACAUGCUUUCUGUGGAAUGAGGAAAAUGUGCUACCUGGAAAAUGGCCAAAUUUUCAGUGUUAACAUGUGGGAGGAAUUUUUUUUAGUUUUUAUAUUUUGGUUUUGGGGGAUAUUUUUUGUUUGUUUCAUUCAUUCUGCUCUGUUUCUCUACUGGGUGUUCCUCUCUAAAGAAACUAUUGCAAGUGAAACUAGCCAUGAUUGCUUCAGCUGUACAUUCCUUGCUGUACAGGACCAAAUAUGAUAGUGAUGCAUGUUGAUGUUACAGUCAGUUUGGAAAAACAUAUCCAGAAUAUUCUGUGCAUGGAUAUAUGGUCCUGCCUGUGUUCCAGCAUGCUUAUUUCAAACCUCCAAGGUUGUGUGUGAAUAUAUGUUACAUCCAGAAUGGGCAUUACGCAAAAGCACAAAGAUUAUAUAUGACAAUCAGUGUUGCAGUGAAAAAAAAACUAAAAACAGAAAUUAUAUUCUCAAUCUUGGGCAAUGUGAGAGGUAAACGAGCCCUUGAAAUGAUUAAUAUCACUUAUUUCAGCACUUAGAUUGUCUGGCAAUGAUUAUUGUGUUGCUAACUCAUUUUCUUUGAGUUAAAGCUGUGAAUACAUUUUAAAAGGCAUAUAGUGUAUGCAUAUGUAUAUGUACAUAGGGAAGCCCCAUAUGUAUAUAGUAUGUUGUACACUGCACAUGUACAAAGAAUGUGUUCAGAUCAAAGAAAAUUUAUUUCUUUUUAUAAACUUAAGGACAGUUGCAAAAGGCUUCAAAUAAUUUAUCUCAACAUUAUUCUUUCUAUGUCCUGACUAAAUUUCUCAACUGUUACAAAUUUUUCAUCUACUUCUUAAAUAACGGUCUAUUCUACUACAUGAAGAUGAAUACAAACAAAAUUUUUGUAUGAACUAACCACUCUUCCAAUUCUCCUGUGUCAGCCUUGCCUAUAGAUUCUGCCAUCAUUUUUUGCCAAAGUUCCUACUGCAUGAAACAAUUAUGUAAACUUGUAAUUAUUAGUGCUGAGAAAGACUUUAUUUUCCACCUUGUUUGUUUUCCUACCUUAUGUUGGGUAGUCCAGAGAGUUAAAAGUUUUCUGCAUGUUGGUCUUUAUGUCUGUGUUGCUCUAAUCCUCCAUUACGCAAGCAUACCUCAAGUGGGUCUAUUAGCAUUUAAUGACCUUUUAUGCCAGUUGUGCCAUCCUUUAAGAUGAAAAGUUCCUUUUCUUAUGUUAAUGUACAAAGCUUUCUUUUGGCACUGACAACUAUGUUCUACCUGAGAACUUUGAAUAGCCAUUUUCAUGGCUGUGUAUUAUGUAACACAAAUGUUUUUAAAUGGUUUUCUCACCCAGUAAGCCAGUUCUCCAAACACUGCUUAGAUGCUUCAAAAUAGCAUAUUUUAAGGUUGCCAGUUUAAAAUACCAAUGCAACUACUCUACAUAGCCAAAUAUUUGUAAAUCACUUCCUAUAUUCCUGAAGUUUUUCAUGCCUCCAAAUCUUGCAAACCAUUGAAAGAAAUAUAUUCUAAUACUAAUCAGUAAAUAGUGAAAAUAGUUAGACAUUUUAGAAACCAGAGCCAUAGAAUUAUUUUAAAUUAGCAGGAAAGAGGAGCUAUUUCCUAAUCUAUAGAAUAAAGUACCACCUAAAAUUGAAUUUUAUCAUUAAAGUAAUUAAUACCAAUUAGUCAUACUCAAAUUUUUCAGCACUUCAUUCAAUUAAAAUACGUGAAUUUUAAAUAUUUUAUAUGAUGUUCACAGGCAUGAUAAUGCUUAGUAUAAAAUCUAAACUUUUUCCAUUUAUCAGAAGUGAUCAAAUUUAUUUACUACACAUCACAUUUAUAAAAUUCUUGAUUAAAUGAGUAACUUCUAAAACAUAACAAUAAUAAACACCACACUGCAAUGCAGGUCCAAAAUAUGUGCUAUAUCACCACUGAACUCAUGUAAUAGAUAAGAAAAAAUUAGAGACGGAUGUCUUGUUUUUUGUCAUGAAUUACUAAAAACUCUUAGUUGUUUUGGUAUAUUUUGAGUAAAAUUACCAUUUCUAGAUUUGCAUUUGAAGGGAUUUCAUAGUUUUAUUUUCCUCCCCACUGUUAAUAAUCAUAAUCCUUUUUCAGUAUUUUAGUGGCCUUGAACAACUGGUUUAUCUACAAUAUCAGAUCCUAGGUGUAUAAUUAUGUGCAAUGUUCAAUACCUCUUAUAAUACUUGUUCAACAGUAUGGUGGUAUCAAUGGCAUUAAGAUGGCAUUUUUGUUCUACAUAUUUUUCAAUAAUUUAUUCUUUCUAAUGUUGAAAUUAUAUCAGGCUUUACUGGUUUUUUUAGUUGUUGAAAUCAGUAAUAUUUUCAAAAUAAUAAAAUAACCGAUGAUAUCUCUUGGAAUAAUCUGUAAAAUGUAGUUAUAAAAUUCUAUUUUCUACUUAGAGUUUUUAUCUUUUCUUUUUUGUUUGCUUUACAAAUUAUAUAUAUGCAUGAAAUAACAAACUGUUGAAAGUGUUCAACAUCCGGUCAUAACAAUUUGCUGUGCCUCUAUGUGUACAAAAAGUAGUUUCAAUUAGAAAGGACAACAUUAUUUAUCACAUUGAGUAUUAAACAUUUCCAGGUAACUUAUAAAUAAAAUGAUUUCCCCAUUUUUACAUAUUUUUUCUUAAAAUUUUUCUGUAAUCUUCGAAGUUUCUAAAAUACACAAUCUCAACCUCUAAGACUAAUAUCUUCAAUACUAGGUCUAUUCUUGAGUUUCAAUAACAGGUAUUUUAGUUGGGUCAUAAACUCACAUUGGUUUAUAUUAUCUCCAGGACAAUUAUAUCAUAGGGCUGAGACUUUUGUGAUAGUAUUAUUUACAAAUAUUAUAAGUAUAAUAUCUCGUGAGGCUAUUAUUAGGGUUAUGCCUUGUGUUGAUAAAAUGCAUUGCUUUCUCAAGAACUAUUAAACAUGUGGUUGUAAUUGACUCAUCACAACAACAUAACAAAUGUUGUUAUCUCUAAUAUUCUGAUGAGAGAACUGGGGCUCAGGUAGCAGCAUGAGCUAUUUAAGACUACAAAAUGGGGGUCUGCACAGUGGCUCAUGCCUAUAAUCCCAGCGCUUUGGGAGGCUUAGGGGAGGAUCACUUGAGUCCCAGGGGUUUGAGACCAGCUUGGGCAACAUAUUGAGACCCCAUUUCUAUAAAAAUAAAAAUGAAAAAUUAGCCCAGCAUGGUGGUGUGUACCUGUUGUUCCAGCUAUUGGGGAGGCUGAGGUGGGAGAAUUAUUUAAGACCAAAAGUUCAGUGCUCUAGUAAGCUAUAAUUGAUAUAUUCCAGCUUGGUUGACAGAGUGAGAUCCCGUCUCUAAAAAUAGAAAAAUUCAUACAGUUGUUAUUUUGUGAACCAAUACAAUAACCUAAGUCUAUCACAACACCAUUCACCAGCAAAAUAAAAAUAUUUACUGAAAGUAUCUCUAUCCCUCGCAUUAGGUGGAAAUUUUCCAAAUACUAGACCAGCAUCAAAAUGCACAAAUAUAUUUGCAAUAAUUACAUUAUUUGUUAACUUUUGCAUUUCUAAUUUGCAGAUAUUAAAAUGGAUAAAAUGUUAAAAUUUACUUUGGUCAGUAUAAAUAAUCAAAUAUUGGGACAAAUAAUUUAAUUCAUUUAGAUUAUUAUUUUUUGUCCAUAUCUUUUGUUGAACAUUGUUUAAACAUAACCUUAAAGUACUGAUAAUUUGCUUAAUUUUCAGCACAAAUUUGUCUGAUAAAUUCAGUCUAUAGUAACAGAUGGUCAGAAUGCAGAUAAAUAGUGUGCAUUUAAAUCAGUAAAAAUAAUAUUCGGUUAACUGUCUAUAAAUCUAUGCAUACUAAGUUGUGAAAAAGAUGAAAUUAUAGUAUUACUGGAUUAGAUGCAAUAAAGGAAUCUUUAAGGAAGUUUACAAUAAUACAUUUAAUUAAAAUCUACUGGCAAUUAUAAUUUUAAGGAAUUCUUUCUAAGAAGUUGGAGAACCUAAAAUAGCUUACUUAUUCUCCUGAGUACUGCCAUUAAGUAACCAUGUACUCCUAGUAAAGAAGUAAAAGCACAUGUAAUGAGAAAUACUUAAGAUUUCUUACACCUGUUUUUUCCUGUAUCAGAGAACAUAGCUGAAUUAUCAUUUGACACUAGUAGUUACAUAUUGAUACAAUAUAUUACUAUACUUUAAAUAAAUAUAAAACUAUAAUUAAAGAAAUAUUUAUUGAGCAUCUUUUAUUUCACAAGGCUCUUAUUGAGGAAAAGGAAUACAGAAAAUGAAGAAGGGCUGAAGGAAUUCAUAUCAAAAUAAAUGAAGAAAAAAUGAAGAAAUAAUGAACUAGGAGAAUGAGGGCAACAUGAAAAAUAAGUCCUUGCUACAGUGAAGAAAGUAAAUCAUUUUUAGGCAUAGAUCAUAUUAUACAACUAUUUUUGUACACCAGUUUCAAAACUUUUAUGACACUUAGCAUAAUUUUUAUUGUUUGAUUUCCUAGUGCUUAACUGUGUUUUACAGAAAUAUGUUAUAUUUUGAAAUUAUAAUCAAUAUAGUUUAAACUCUAAUAAUUGGAAUGUAAAUUGGGUUGGAAUCUAUCAAUAAGAAAAGCUGUUUGAUUUAGUAGGAUUAGUAAGUUGCAGAAAUACUUUAAUCUACUUAUGAAAAAGUAGUUCACGUUUUCUAAAAUGGUUUCAGCAUACUAUUGGUAUCUUACAAUAUGUUAAUUUUAAAUUAAUCAUAUUCUUUAAAGCAGAUUCAAUAAUACUUAUCCUAAGCAAUAAUUCAUUGGUUGAAAUUAGUAUAUGUGAACCUAUGAAAAAAUGUUCUUGUAAAAUAUUCUAGAAUCCCACAUUUUAAUUAUAUAAGAAUAGCCUUUUGUUCAAUUGCUUUGAACUAAUGAUGAAGUUUUUUAAAAAAUUAAAUAUUUUAUUUAAUGUAAUAUAGAUUCAGGAAAAGUUUAACAAAAAUGUAUUUCAGUAGUUUUUAUUUUUUAUUUUGUGCAAUUUUAUUUUAAAGUUUAGAUAAGGAAAGUUUUUAAUUGUCUUAACUAUUUAAUAAAAGCAGUUGUUAAAAAUAUAUGUUCUAAUGUUAACUAUACUAUAUGUACGCUAUUGCAUGCAUUUUGUUUUCUAAAUAGGUUUUUCACAACUGGCCUUACUAGUAGAUUAUUUUACCCUAAAUUUUGAAAACAUAGUACUUUAAUAGCUUUUAUUUCAAAUAUGUAGUACUUUAGGGAUAGUACUUUGAAAAUGUUUAUCUUUUGUACAUUCCUAGUUCAUUUAUUAAUGUAAUAAGAAAAAAGAAAACAAAAUGACUGAUUUUUUUGUUAUGAAUUAAAUGUUUGUGCUGUAUUAAUGUUAGGUGAGUUAAGAUAGAGGGAAGCAACAAAAAUUAGAAUGCCUACUAAAUGCUAGGCAGUUUAUAGGUAUUAUCUCAAUUAAUAACCCUGUGAAAUGUCAUUAGAUUGAAUUCACCAAAGAGUAGAUGGAGGCAGAGUUGUUAUUAGUUUACAUAAUUAAUUAAUGGUAUUCACUGGUAUUCAAAACUCUGCAAACUCAAGUCUUACAUGGCUCACACUAGUCAUUAAUCUGCCUUCAGCAUGCAUGAAAACAUAAUGUUUAUUUGUCCAGACCAUUCUCUAUAGCAAAUUUGAAUAGGUACUUAGUGUACUUCAUCAUUGUCACUGGCUCUUUCGAAAGAAGUGUUAGUGUAUUCUGGUUUACCAUUCAUUUCUUAACAAGGUUCCUUUAUACAUUCCAUAAAAAGUUUUCAUGAAAACAUUUUACAUUAGCAUGUUGUGCAGUGAGUUUUAAGCUAUAAUAGGUAAUUAACAGAUACUUCAGCCAACAAGCUACACACAGGAACUUAAAUGAAAAGACAGAAUGAAUUGCAAAGCUUUUACCAGUGGACCGCAAAGUUAAGGUUAAACUUCGGUCUUUGCAAGUGGAGGAGACAUAUUAGUCGAGCCAGAACUUCCCUUUUGCUUAACAGCCAGGUCAGAGAAGGAUCUAUGUCUUUCUGUUUAGAAGUAUAGAUAGACAGCAAUUGCUUAAUUGAUUUGAACUUAUAUUUUCAAUGGGUCUGCGGUGUGUAGAUACAGUCUAAGAUAAGUUCUUUGACUUGCGUCUGCACAGGUCAACUUCUCAUCACCCACAUUUUUCUUAUGUAAGUAAAUGAAAGAGUGAAAUGUUUUACAGAAAAUCUUACGGUGGAGUUAAGAAUAUCUGCCUCAAAUGUACAGUGCAUUUAUUUUUUAAGUUAAUCAUUUAGUAGCUACCCUUUUAACCCCUCCCAUGUUCACAGUAUUUCAUUUGCUCUUGUAAACAAUUCUGUUCCCACCUUUACAUAGCUUAUGACCUGAGGGGUGAGAACAUUCAUUAUUAAGUUUUUGUUUUUCAUUUUCAUUUAAAAUAGCUUUAUUAACUAGCAUUUCUCAAAUGCAAAACAUUUUUCAAGUGACUAUUUCCUCAAAUGUUGCAUUUUACCUUUCAAAAUAUUGUAUAAUAGCAUUUUCACAUUAUCCUUUUGAUUGCUACCUAUAUAUUGCCAUAUAUAAAUAUAUCUAUAAUUUUUAUUGCUAUAUUUUAAUCCCUUUGCAUUUUGAUAAUAUUGAAAAGAGAUUAGGGCUGAAAAACUAAAAAAGAUUAGGACUUGCAUCAUGGAUUGUCUAGUUACUUGAACAAUAAGAGAAAUUCUAUCUUUGAGCUUUCAUAAUUGACUUACUGGACACUAUGGACUUUAUUAGAUAAUCUUUAAAAAAUAUUAUAUGAACUAUUUUGAAUGAGCCUAAAUUUAUUCAGUAAUACAGUUUUUUUCCCUAAAGCUAUUCCCCAAGUGAACAGGCUUAUUUAAAAUAUGCCAUAUAAAAGAACAUUUUCAUUCUAAUAUUUUAUGAUUUAGAAAUUAAAAAGUAAAUAAGUGUUUUUUCAGUAAAUAAGUGUUAAUAAAGCAUUGACCAAAUAAAUAAUCUCUUGUUAGUUUAGCAGAUAAAUGUUUUCUAUGGUAUGCCUUUAAAGUUAUUCAGUAAAAAUUGAAUUAGCAUGUAUUCAACAUGAAAUUUUUAUUCCAUUGUGACCAAGCACUAACAAAAUUGAUUUUUCUAAAUGAGAAAAAUUGUCUUCUGUAUUUUAAGCUAAAUAAUAUGAAUUUUGCCUCUGAUAAUAAAAUUUUGUACAAUAAUGUAUAAUGUAUCACAAUUUAAAAAGUUUUAAUCUUCUGACAUGCAGAUAAGGCCAAAAUAAAUAAUACCGUCUGUUUUUUUUUUAA